CGCUGGAGGCAGCCUCCAAGAACUCUCUCUCCUGCUUGGAGGCUAAAAACGACCAUAUUGCGACCAUAUUCCUUCUUGCAUCGUCUGCUGGGGCCCGCCUACUGCCUCCUACUGUGCUGAAGCAGCCUUUCUUCUUGGCACCUACGCACUACACAUCACACCGCGGCAGAGUCCAGAGAGAGAAAGGGUGACAGGGGCGGAGAGAGAGCAGGAUGGGUUGAGAAAGAUGGAGGGAGAAAGUGGGCAGCUUGGUGGAUCUUGGCAUCUCGCUGCCGGCGCGCACUGCCCGCACCUGAUAGAGUCCGCCUGGUAAAAACAGUGACAAAUUGUAAGGAGGGAGAUUCCUGAAGUGUGACUGUAUGAGCUAAUUCCGUUGAUCCCACAAUCUGAAAAGGGGGGAAGUUGAGAAAUUAAGAUACUGCAUUUUUGCAUAGUUCCAAGUGUUGAGGAGCUGAGGUACUCCUAUUCGUCACCAAUGGCGUCUUUGGUACGUCAUGACUCAAGGCAGUACUCAUGGUGGUGGGUUAGCCAUAUCAGCCCCAAGAACUCCAAAUGGCUCCAGGAAAAUCUUACCGACACGGACACGAAGGUUAAAGCAAUGAUUAAACUUAUCAAUGAAGAUGCUGAUUCUUUUGCACGGAGAGCGGAGAUGUACUACAAGAAACGCCCAGAGCUAAUGAAACUGGUAGAGGAGUUCUAUCGAGCAUACCGUGCACUGGCAGAAAGGUAUGAUCAGGCCACUGGGGCACUUCGUCAGGCCCACAGAACAAUUUCUGAAGCAUUUCCGAAUCAGAUGCCAUCAAUGUCUGAUGAGUCACCCUCUGCUUUGAGCCAAGAAACGGAGCCACGUACUCCAGAUACGCCUACUUUCACCCGUGCACCAUUUGAUUCAGAUGAUCUGCAGAAAGAUGGAGUUGGUGUGUCACCGCAACAUUUCACCUCCAAGAGGAAUGGUACACACCCUGAGGAAACCAGUGCGUUGUCCAGCCGAAAAGGUCUAAAUCUGUUCAAUGAUUUGUCAUUGAGCAGUGAAAAUGCUCCCCGUGCUGGUUUUGAUGGAAAGGUGCGUAAAGGUCUAACCUUUGAAAGCCCAGAAAUUAAAGGGAAAGAUGAUAUUAGCAAUGACAUGGUAAAUUUGCAACAAGAGGUUUCAAAACUAUUAGCUGAGAGCCAGAAUAUGAAACAACAAAUAUUGUCAGAAUCUGAGCGGGCAAACAAAGCUGAAAAUGAGAUCCAAAUCCUUAAGGAAACAUUAUUGCAACUGAAUUCUGAUAAAGACACAUCUCUUCUGCAAUAUAAUCAGUCCACCGAGCGAGUAUCUACUUUGGAGUCUGAGCUCUCUGAGGCACAGGCUGACCUCAAGAAGCUAACUGAUGAAAUGACUACUGAUGUCCAAAAGCUAGUUAAUGCUGAAACACUCAAUAUUGCUAUACAGUCUGAGGUUGUGGGUUUGGAUCAAAAGAUGAAGAUGCAGCAUCAAGAACUAGAACAAAAGCUUAAGGAAUUGGAAAGUUACCGUUUAAGCCUCCAGGAGGAGCAUGAAAGGCGUAUGCAGGCUGACAAUGCUCUACUCUCCAAGGGGAAGGAGCUUGCUCAAUCUCGUGAAGAAGUACAGAGGUUGACUAUAGAGGUAAAAAUGGCAAAUGAAAAGUUGCAUGAGCUCAAGCAGACUAAGGAGGAUCUUGAGAACACUUUUUGUGAGCUGAAGAAGGAUGUUGAGUGCCUUACCGAACAAAACCACUCCUCUGAGCUGCUUAUACAGGAACUUGGUGAUGAAAUAAAUACGCUGAAGGAUUCGAAGAAUGAACUUCAAAGUGAAAUCCAGAGCCUCAAGAGCAUUAUAUCACAGCUAAACACUGUGAAAAAUGCAGCUCUCCUUCAAUACCAGCAGGCUGUUGAGCAGGUUUCAAUUCUCCAAUCUCAACUCUCGAAGCUACAGUCCGAGCUAGAGGAGAUUGAACAGAAAGUACAGAUGCUGAUGCAAGAUCUUGAACAAAAGAGAGAAGAAGUGAACAGUGUCCAUGCCCAGCUGCGAGAUGGAUGCCAAAGGCACACACAGACUGAAGCAACUCUUCUCAUGACAGAGAGUCUGCAUUCCCAGUUGCAGGAAGAAAUGAAAACACUGACACAAGAUCUUGACCGAUCAACAAAGAAGCUGAGUGAGUUGGAAAAUAACAAGUUAGAUCUGGAGAACACGUUGAAAGAACUGAAGAACUCCAAUUUAGAUUUGAACUCCGAGAAGGAUGCGGCACUUCUUCAACAACAGCGGUCUUUGGAGAAAGUGUCUGAUUUGGAGGUAGAACUCUCAAAGAUACAAUUGGAACUGGAGAAGUCUGAACAGAAAAUGCAGCUACUGGAGCUAGAAAUUGCACAGAAGAAUGAAAGUAUUGAUAACCUGGAGUUGAGUUUGAAAGAUGAAAGUGAGAAGAGGCUGGAAGCUCAAACAUCACUUGAGUCAAUGGAGAAAGUGUAUUGUCAGUCUCAGGAAGACGUGAGUAGGUUGCAUCUCGAGAUUGAGAAGUUGAAUGGCAAGUUGAAUGAGUUGGAGAACUUGUCAUCUGAAUUUAAGAGCAGCAUCUUACUUCUAAACACCGAGAAAGAGGCUACCCUUCUUGAGAACCAGCAGUCCUCAGCAAGACUAUCUGAUCUGGAAUCUGAACUCGUGACAUUGCAGGCUGAACUGGAGAAGGUUCAAGGGAAAGUACAGAUGUUGGAGCAAGAACUCAAGCAUAAGAAAGAAGAAGCAGAUAACCUCCAAGUUAGCCUACAAGAUGAAGUUCAGAAACGGGUUGAAGGUGAAGCAUCUCUUCUCUUGAUGACAAAUCUUCGCUCCGAAUCUCAGGAAGAAGUGAACAGGCUGAUGCUGGAAAUUGAGAAGGUGACUGGUAAUUUAAGUGAGGUGGAGAACAGUAAGAUGGAUCUUGAGAACAUCAUAACCAAGCAUACGGAGGAAAUCCAUAUCCUUUGUGAACAGAAUCUUUCUACUGAGCUUAUGAUAAAGGACCUUCAUCGUGAAUUGAAUGCAUUGAAGGAAUUGAAUAUGAAACUUCAGACAGAAAUUGGGUUACAUGUAGGUGAAAAAGAAGCACUUCAGAGAGAUUUUGCUUGUCAAAGGGAAGAGAAAGAAAAUCUAGAGGGGAUACACCAUGCUCUGGUUGAUGAGAUGGAUGCCCUAAGAAACAGCGCAGCAACAAACCAGAAGUUAAUUGAGGAACUGCAAAUUACAAACUCAAAACUGAAGGAGGUGUGUGCAAAGAAUGAGAUCGAAAAGUCAAUUCUUUCAGAAAAGGUCCAAGAGGUGGAGAAGCUAUCUGAAGAAUAUUCACUCUUGGAGAACUCACUUUCUGAUGCAAAUGCUGAAAUGGAUGCAUUGAGGGAGAAGAUAAAAGCAUUAGAGGCUUCAGAAAGCUCUCUGAAAGAUGCCGUUUCCUGUCACGUUUCUGAAAAGGCUGUUCUUGCAUCAGAGCUAGAGAUCCUUGGUAAAAGUUUAUCCGAUGUUUUAGAGAAGAAUUCCACCUUGGCUAUCUCAUUAUCUCAUAUGAAAACUGAGCUUGAAGAAUUGAGAACAAAGCUGAAAGAUUCUGAAGAUUCCUGCCAGGCUCACCUUGCAAAAAGCUCAGCUCUUUCUGCUGAAAAGAAUAAUCUGUUCUCUCAGUUGGAGAGCAUUGCAGUGGUUAUGAAAGCCCUGGAAGGUAAGCAUGCCAAUCUGGAAGACAAGCACUCUUCUAUAUCAAGAGAGAAGGAUUUUGCAUAUGAUCAAGUAAGGGAACUGCAGGGUCAGUUGAGAAUUAAAAAUGACGAUUACGAAGUUGCUGUAAAGUUGCAUCAACUGCAAGUAAUCAGCUAUGAGAAGCAGAUCUCUUCUCUGCGAGAGAAAAACCGUUGUAUGGAGGAGAUGCUUCAACAGGAACAGCAGAAAAACUUAAGUGCUUCUAUUAGUACAGUUAUCUUGGAGAACAGUUUGGCUGAUGAGAUAGACAAGAAGCUUGCCCUUUUCAUUGAAUGCCAGAAGUAUGCUGAGGCAAAUCAUUCUGCAAAGAUGUUAAUUUCAGAGAUGAUGGAGGAAGCCAGAUAUCACAAAGAGGAGAGAAAAAAAAUGCUACUGCAUAAUGAAAAAUUGAAGGAAGGCAUUUCACACCAAAUGAAGGUUCUGAAUAUCUACAAAGAUUUAGGACCUGCUGAUUUAACUCAGGACGAAGUUCUAUUGCAGACUAUUUCAGAUGAAACCAUUAACAUUCUGAAUCUUAAGGAGGAAAGCGAAGAUGUAAAUAGGCGCAUGUACACCGAGCUCUCAGUUCUUUCAACAGUUUUGCUGCAAGUAGGGACGGAGCUCAGAGAUCUGCACUCACAGAAGUUUUCCCUUGAGAAAGAAGUGGAAAGUGGAGCAGCAGAAUCACUUUCUUUGCAAAAUAAAAAUCACCAGAUUUUGGAACAGAAUGAACAGCUAAGGCAAGGAUUACAGAAAAGCAGUGGAAGGGAAGAGGUGCUGAAAACUGAAGUACAGGUCCUACAAGAGAAGCUAUCUUGCUUGAGAGAGUCCUACCAGACUUCGCAAGAUGAAAUUUCUGACCUGACUGAGAAAAAUGAGUCCUUGUCUAAGGAAUACCAGUCCUUUAGUGAGAAGUACAAUUCCUUGGAGGAUGAGAAUGGUACUGUUCUUGCAGAAUGCAUGAUGCUCGAGCACUUGUAUUUGUUCUUUAGGGGACAUAAUAAUGAGAUAGCCUCUGCAUUGGUUUCACUUACUGAUGAGAUGGCUUUGCUGAGUUUGGUUAAGAGCGAUCUUGAUCUAAAAAUUAAUGAGCUGAGCAGAAGAUUGAUGGUGCUUGAAUCAGAAAAUGAUCUCCUAAACGAGUAUUUUGUCUACUUGCUAGAGAUUCUCAGGACUCGGUUAGUCUUUUCAGAGUUCGAUUUGAACACCAAUAAUAGUGUCUGCCAGGAGUUGGCCAUUGAACUUGAGAGUUGCAUGGAACAAUUGAUGCAGAAGGAUGAUGAGCUACUGGAAGCAGAAGAGAAGGUUCAGUUAUUGCAAGAAAAGAACCGGGAAUUAUGUGGAGUUGUCGGGUCUCUUCAGGUUGCAAUUGAAGGUGCUAAUGUGGUGAAAGGAGAACUGGAGAAGAAAAUCACAACACUGACUGAGCAGUGUACUACCAAGGAUGAUGAAAUUCUUUUUCUUCACCGAGACAAUGAGACACUGCAAGUAGAGGUUGAACAAUAUGAAAGGGAGCUUGUUGUUCUGAUGGGUGAUGCAAUUACCUCUUCAGUGAAUGCUGUGGUCUAUGAAGAAAAAGCACUCAAGCUUAUGAUGGAAGGUGAAGCUACAGAGAUUAGCGCAACAGCCCUAAAGGAGUUGCUAAUGAAGGAGAUCUAUUCACGAGAUGCUCACAUUGAGGAGCUGCAGAAAAAGUUGACUGGCAUACAGGAAGAACAUUCAGAACUAAGGGCUGAGUUGAGCAGACAUUUAGUACUCAUAGAAUCGUUGUCACAUCAUGUCAGUGUGCUGGAAGAAGACACUCUUUCACUGUCAAAACCGUAUAGUACAGAAGGCAAAGAGGAAACUGCACAGGUACCUCAUAUGCAAGAGUGCAACCAUGGGCCAGAAUCUCACUGCUUUCCAGAAGGAACUCCAGAGUUACAAGGGUUAAUUGCAAGAAUAGAAGCACUUCAAGUGGUUGUAUUAAAUGCCAAAGAUCAUCAAAAUCAGGAGUUGACCGAGUCUGCAGUUAAGCUGGCAGCAGCAAAUACAGAAAUUGAAGACCUUAAAGCAAGAGGUGGCUCACGCAUGGAGGCAAAGGAAAUAUAUUCUGACAAUGAGAAACAAAAAGAUGUCAAGCGCUCCAAAGGGAAGCAGGUCCAGAUGGUGAAGGAUAUUGAACUUGACCAAAUAUCUACUUGUCCACCAUAUGGCACUGGAACUACCCUCUAUCCCCUUGGCAGCGGAGCAACUGCUGAGCUGGAUGAUGACAUGCUUCAGCUGUGGGAGGCUGCAGAGAGGAAUUGCAAGAAUCAAACAGCCAAGUCCUCGUCAUCUGAAAAUGACAUCCAAGCGGUUGAGGAGGUGAAGAGUGAGUACCCUUCCUCUGAGUUAGUAAGGGGAAGAGACCUCGGACUCAAUAAACUAGAGAUAUCAAAGGGACCUGUGGAACCUCACGAAAUGUGGAGCAAGAAUGUACUUGAGAGGCUCACUUCUGAUGCUCAGAGGCUGUUGAGCAUCCAAUCGAGCAUUGAGGAAUUGAAGCGGAAAAUGGAGGGCCCGUCAAAGGGCAAAUCCCCUAUGAAUUCUGAGUACAGCAGUGUGAGCGCUCAGCUGCAUGAGACCAAAGGAUAUGUCUUGGAACAGAUCAAUUUCAACAACAAAUUGGCUAGGAAGGCUGAGAAUUAUCCUGCGUUAUCAGAUAAUAUGAAUGCUGAGCGCGAAGGGUACUCCAGCAGGAGGAAAAUCUCCGAGCAGGUGCAGAAAGGAUCAGAAAAUGUGGCACGAUUGGAACUGGAACUUCAGAAGAUACAGUAUGUCUUGCUCAAGCUUGAGGAAGAGCACGAGUACAGAAGGCUCAAAGUCUCCGAUAGGCGCACUAGUGUGCUUUUGAGGGAUUAUUUGUAUGGAAGGAAGGACCGUGGUGGUGGGCAGAAGAAAAAGAAGACGGUACCAUUCUGCGGUUGUGUGCGUCCUAAAUCAAGAACUGAGCCCUAACUGUUUUGUUCUUGCGGCAGAAGAAAUAAAGAGGAAAUGAGAUGCCAGGUCCAAGAGGCUGGCAAAGUAUCACUGCUUUGAAAGAGCAAGUGAUAUCCUUAGGAUCCAAUUUGUAAUUGCGUUAGGAUUCAGAACAAGCUUAUAUAUUAAUUUUUUUGGCUUCCUGUCCAAGUGAGGCCAUCUUUUAGGUAUCAAUGUGAUAUAUCAAGGCAUUUUUAUUUCCUCCUAUAAUAUACUUCAUUUGGAUGGCUUAUACAAUGCAUUUUGCUUCUA